GCAAGAGAGAAGUUGAUCAUCAUGAUGAAGGAGGUUAGGCAACCCACAUCCUUAUACCUCCAACAACUCUUCCUAUUCUUCUUCUUCUUCUUCUUCAAUGUCACACCAUUUCUUCUUCAGCCAGCCAACUGUUGGGUUCCUAUUGUAGAUGUAGAAGUGGGAGUGAUCAUGGAAAUGGGAACUUCAGAAGGAAAGAUGCUCCAAAGUCCAAACCACCAUUUCCAUGGUUGUUUCUGAUUUCUAUGCCUUCCACUCUCACUUCAAAACUAGAUUGCUUCUUCAUUUUAAAGAUUCUAGUAGAGGUUCUUUUCACAUUCUUUCAUCGGUUACUGAUCUCCUGAAGAACUCCUCCAAGCUCAAAGCAAUCAUCCUCAUAGCACGAACAGAGCUAGAAUCAGAAAUCUUGGCAGAGUUCGGCAAAAAAUCUGGAAUUCCCAUCAUUUCCUUUCCCUCCCCAGGAUUCCAAUCCCGAGCCACGAAAACAGAGGAGCUGCAGAGCCCGAUUGGUUCGUCGUGGGCUUAUAAUCUCCUCUUUGAUCUUGCUUGUGCAGUGGAGAAGUUAACAACCAGAACGGCGGCGAAGCCCGAUCAUUAUUACAGUAAUUCGGAGCUUCUGGAUGAGGUUUCCGCGGGGGCAAAGUUUGUGAACAGAGAAUCGGUUCCUUCUGCCUCGUUGGAGGUGGUGAACGCCAUGAUCAUGAACAGAGGAGGAGGAAAAAGAAAGAAGAAGAAAAUUUGGGUACCGUUUCGGCGAUCUCGAGAAAUUCGAAGGACCGAUCGCGGGAUUUUCAAAACCCGGGAAAAGGACGGUCCAUCGACCGAGUAGUACUGGUCACCGUCGUCGCUAUGUCAAAGUGGAGGCCAUCAAGAGUUCGAAUUCCCAUCUCGAGACGACGAAACGUACAUCUCCAGCGGUCGAGAGAAUGUCUCGAUCCGGUACUCGUAACGUUGAUAAUGAGCUCUCUCACAAGAAGGCUAACGAUUCGAGUCAUAACAACACGACUCGAAAUUAUGACGAGGCACCUAGAAAGCUAAGAGAAGUUGACGAACAGCCUGUCGAAAUUCGUCGUGGUGGUGGU